UAGAUGGUAACGAUGCUAUUUUCGGAAACAUGACGGUCGAUAUGCCUGGCAGUAAUGAGAAUAUUCUGUCAAUGGAAAGAUUUGACGGAAUGCUCAAUAAGGUCGAGUGCGGGAACAAUAGCAUGACCCUUGGGUUUGUGGACGAUGAGACUUUCAAAUAUGCCCAGCAAGUCUGGGACUGGGUGAAUGGUUUUGACAAUCGCACGUUUGUCAUGUUCACCGGAAGAGGCGACUGCAGCAACAACAGUCGUCGGAUGCCGUACUCGGUCCAUAACAUUCAAUAUGACGAGGUGGCUAACGUCGCAUACUUGAAUGCCACUGCUGGCAAAUGGAAGGACCUGGUCCAUACUUACAAGCUCCACGUCGGCAGCGUGGAAAUGCCAUCUAAUGUCCAUUCGAGGGACCUAUCCAAAGACACUUCGAUCAAUCUCAAUGCCGAUCUCCGCUUUGGGGUCGGCAUCUCAUCCGGUCCCGUGUUUGGCGAUUUCUCGUGCAAUCCGUGCAAGACGUCCGGAAAGCUCAAGUUCGAGUUUGACGUGGAAACGGAGUUAUUUAUCCCCACCGGUUUGAAGUUCAAAACCCGUCCUCAAGGAGUGAAAGCCGAGGCCGGCAUCCGACUAAGAGGUGGGGCGAAGAUCGGCAGUACCGUUCCUGUUACGCGGAUACCUAUCGCAGAGGUCCCUCUUCCAGGAGGCAUCAGCAUCCCGGGCGAUAUCCUCAGUCUAGGACCCGUCCUCGACGUCGAGUUCGGCAUCGACGUGUCCGGCGCGGAACUGGCCUUCGAACUAGCGACUGGCGCUACGGUUACGCUACCCAACGACGCGAUCCUUGAGGUCGACCUCCUCGACCCGUCCAACAACAAAUUCUCUGGCUGGAAGCCGGACGUCCAGAUGAAGCCGCUCGACCUCCAAGCCCGCAUCUCCACCAAAAUCACCGCCUUCUUUCUCUGGGCCAUCCAACUCGAAGCGGAGGUCCUCGGCCAAGGGGUCGAGACAGGACUGGAAUUCCGGGCUCCCAACUUCGAGCUCAGUGGGCAGGUUGUCGCCAGCAAGAAUGGCCACGCCUGCAAUGAAAACGAUAAUAAUCACUUUGCUUUCAGAGUGGUUCCGACAUAUGGCUACAGCUUCAAGUUUACGGUGGGAAAGAUCCGUGGAAAGACGCCAGUCGAUAUCUCCCUUGCCCACGGCAGCUUCCCCAUCGCCGAACCGUUUUGCUUCCCUUUCGAUGAGGCUUCGUCAACUACCACGAAGCCCACAACUAAGGCGCCGUCGGCUACCACGAAGCCCGCAACUAAGGCGCCGUCGGCUACCACGAAGCCUGCAACUGAGGCGCCGUCGGCUACCAAGAAGCCUGCGAAAUCCGACAAGGUCACUACCCGCGACAAAGCCUCAUCGACCAGCCCUACCUCUGCCAGCCCGCCAACGUCGACUGGCAGCGGGAACAAUUGCACAAUCCAGUCUGGACAGAAGGGCGUCUGCAUGGAUCGGACAGCUUGCAAGGACAGCGGGAAAGGUGCGACACCGGGAUUCUGCUUGGAUGACCCGGUAGAGGUUCAGGUGAGGACAAUUGUUUGAAUGGGGAAAAUAUCAUCAACUAAUGUCAUCUAGUGCUGCACGGAGUCAGACAUCGGCUGGAAUACGACCUCCGCCGACAGCGGAAGGACACAUGGUCGGCAUCGUCGGCAUCGUCGGGAGGGGUUCCAUUUCUCUUAGGUGGGGGAUUUCGUGUAUCGAUAUCUCAAAAUUAAUGAAUAGAAAUCGGAAAGGUAUUCUCCAAGAUGGAGGGGAGCAAUCUGGAUUAAUUUCGACGCGCAUUCGAGGCAUAGGGCGAAGGUCUAGAGUCGAUUUUCUCUCGGACGAGUUCAUGCCCAUGAAUGGCGUUUCUCGGUUUCUGGUCGUCUGGAGUACAAAUAAUUGCCCAGGCUUGAAUAUAUAGCCUUAUAUCCAACCAUCCAUUCGAUUGCCAAAUAGAGAUCUUCAG